AUGUCCAACGAAGAAGUAGUAACGGAAAAUAACAGCAACGUAAAUGUUGUUGUUGUAGACAAGGAAAGAGAAGAAUUGGUAAAUGAAAAGGAUCAUAUAGAAGAACAAGUAGAAGCAACAUUAUUGAAAAGAAAUUUGGCAACUUCACCCUCUUCCUCUUCUGACAACAACCCAUUCUCAACUGUUGAAAUGGUAAGUGACCAAGGAAUUGCAAGUCAUGCCAAUAAUCUAGAAAACAAGUUAUAUGAUGCUGAAAAAAAGAAUAACAAAAAGUCGGAUGACCACUCAAAUGCACCAGCAGUUUCACUUGCCAAAGAUUUGGAUAUUAGUAUCGAUGAUUCAUUAAUACUCUCAGAUCAACGUGGUCCAGAAAUCGAAGGAGAAGAAGAUGAAGAUGAUUUAAAAACAAUAGAAUUUAAAGAAACACCUGUCAAUGAAAGAAUUACUUUACCUCUUGGUUUGGAAAAAAAUGAAUUUAAAUCUUCUCCAACUACAACAAAUAAUAAUAAUAAUCUAAAUAAUAAUAAUAAUAAUAAUAAUAAUAUUAAUAAUAAUAAUAAUAAUCUUAAUAAUAAUAACUUUAACCUAAGAGAUGAUAGAUUUGAUCCAAUUUCACUUGAUAAACCAUCAGAUAUUGAUUAUAAAUCAUCACCAACUAUCAAUUCAAACAACUUUUUAAAUAGAGUUCAACCAUCACCAUUUAAUAAUAUAACCUAUAGUCCAACUUUAAAACCAUAUAACAAGAGUGUUAAUAAUAACAAAGAUAAUCAUGAAGAUGGUACAACUUUUAAUUCAUCAGUUUCAGAGUUACCAUACAUUAGACCAGUGAAUGAUGAUAGAUAUGGUGGUUUUGGAAUGGGAGGUAAUCCAAUGUUUAACAGAUCGAUUGAACCUGAACCAACACCAAUGACUAGUUUACCUCGAGUCAUUACAGCCAUACCAACAAGAAACAUCAAUCGUGUAGAUGACGAAGUCGAUCAAGAGAAUGUACCCAUGGUCGACAUUAACAUCUUGCCCGAAGUAGGUGCCAACGGUGCAGAACCAGAAUUAGAACCUGAAAGACCUAAACUAGACCCAUUCCCAAUCAUCCUAUGUUUAAUCUCUUUUCUAAUUCUUGUUGGUGUAUCAUUAAUCAUUUUCUUUGUCUAA